AGGAGUUCACAAUUUAAUUUCAUAUUCUCUGAAGUAACAUUGAAAAGUAUCAAGAAUGGGUCUAAACAAGUCAAACUGUUUCCUGCUUUUAGUACUGGUAGCUUUGGCUAUUAUAAGAGAGAAUCCAGCAAACUCUGAGGAUGCUGGUUCACAAGGAAAGAAUAGAUUGACGCUCGCAAGAUGUAAUUAUUCUGAAGUGGGUCUCCGUUCAUGCGCUUCUUGUCUUGACGCAAUAUUGUGCACGCCACUGAAUGUUGGCAUUGUUCGUCGCUGCAAAGGCGACAAGAAUAACUGCAAUAAUGGCACCUGCACUGAUACUCCCAGCCCCAGCUGUAAUUCCACCUCACCGCAACAGAGGCGUCCCACCUUUGGUUUUACUAUAAAAUUUUAGAGAUCAACAAAACGAAACGUCCCACAUUGGUACAAAAUAUUACAGAUGAAUAAAUAUAUUAUGCAAAA